AAAAAAAAGAAAUAAUGUCUUACAUUUUUUGAGAGGGGGGAAAGUGGAAAAACUCAAAUAUUUCAAAUCUUUACUUGACGGGCUUCUUUUUAUCGAAGUGACGAGCAAGUUAGUUAACUUCUUAACGCAGACACGAUCCUGAGUGUAUCACAGCAGACAGGCAUCAAAUAUUCCAACUAAACUUGGAAAAAUAUCAAUAAAACUCCUCUGGGAAUGAUGAAUGAAAACUACAAUGGAGUAGAGCCCCUAAAGGGACAAAUCGCCCCCAAAGCCAGGACCGAAUCUGCCGAAUCAUUAGGUUCUAAAAGCGAAUCUAGAAGCUCUUUGGCAGCCCAUGGCGAUGAAAAACCUGGAGAUGUUGGGCAGGUCAAAUUCACCAAGAAUGCUGAUGAUGCAGCUGUUGAGAUUGGAGCUGUUGAUGUAGCAUUCGCUGGCAUGGGAAAGGAAGAGUUGAUGAAGUAUGCCAAUGACCCAUUCUGGAUAAGACUUCGAUGGACUCUCUUUGCCUUGUUCUGGCUUUGCUGGAUUGCUAUGCUUGUUAUUGCUAUCGUUAUUGUUGUACUGGCACCUAAAUGCCCUGCUCCAGCCCCACUAGAGUACUGGCAGAAGGGUGUAGUCUAUUCAGUCAAUCCAAAAUCAUUUCAAGACAGUGGAGCAAAUCAAGAUGGCAAGGGUGAUUUGAAAGGAAUUAUGGGCCGAUUAAAUCAUUUUGUUCAUUUGGGUGUCAACAUGAUCUCCAUUUCACCCAUUUUCAAGACGGCAAGUGAGGAACCGCUGUAUGGUCAGGAUAUCGACAAUUUCCUCGAAAUUAACCCAUCCUACGGCGAACUGCAAGAUCUAAAAGAUUUGACAGCAGCUGCCAAACAAGAGGGCUUGAAGAUUAUUCUUGAUCUACCGUUCAACCACGUGAGUAAGCACCACGCUUGGUUCAAUCAAUCAGUCGCUGAUGCUACAGGUGAAUGCGGUGACUGCUUUGUCUGGGCUGAGGGGAAAAAUGGUGGACCACCUAAUAAUUGGGUCAGCAUCUUUGGGGGUUCGGCGUGGACACUUGAUCCAACCAGGAAUAAAUAUUACUACCAUAUUUAUGGACCAGAUCAACCUGAUCUAAACUUGCGCAGUGACAAAGUGAAAAGGGAAUUGAAGAGUGUUGCAAGAUUCUGGUUAGACCAAGGCGUGUCUGGCCUUAGACUCUUGUCCGUACCUUAUUUCUAUGAAUCCGCGAAUACGACAUUGGAUGAGACAGCGAUUCCUGGCGUCACGCCCAAUGCGUAUGCGUCCCUCGACCAUAUCUACACCAAGAAUCUUGACGAAACGUACAACUUUAUUGGUGAGAUCCGUGCAGUUCUUCAGGAGUAUGAAGAUAAAGACGGAGAUCACAGGGUUUUGUUCGUUGAGGCGGAAGAUACCGAAGGUGUUAGCGCAAUGAAAUAUUACGGGGAUGCCACUGCAACCCCGCCAAGGCCACUUGCAGACCUACCCGUCAACUCCAAAUUCAUUAGAAAACUGGCUGGGUUUACUGGAAUUCAACUGAAAAAAGAUAUCAGCGAUUACUUGGAAGAAGUCAGUGGAGUUCAAGGAUGGCCUAACUGGGUACUUGGUAACAGGGACACGGAACGCAUGGCCUAUCGUUUGGAAACCAAACUAAUCGACGCUAUGGCUAUGGUACAAUUGCUUCUUCCGGGUACACCAUUCACUUACUACGGAGAUGAGAUUGGCAUGGAAGAUGUGGCUCCAGUCGGCGGAUCAUUAGAAGCUUGCCCCACCGGUAAUAAAUUGACCGCCACUUCCCAUUGCAAUCAAGCACGCAGUCCUUACCAAUGGGAUUCUUCAUCAAUGGCCGGUUUCACUAAUGCAAGUGCGCCAUGGUACCCAAUUGGCGGAAAUGUCAACACCAUCAACGCCGAUUAUCAAAUGGGCAUGGCCAACAGUUAUUUGAACAUCUACCGCGAGUUGGUUAACUUGCGUAAGCAGCCGGCCAUCAUGCAUGGUACCAUGAGCUUUUCGAAUGUGACGGAUGAUAAUAUAUUUGCAUUCAUAAGAAUCCGAAAGGGGGCACCUGGAUACCUGGUUGUCCUUAACUUGGGCGAAAACGAGAAGAUUGUGAAUUUUUCAAAUGAUCCAAGCAUCCCUUCGGAAGCUCAAGCUGUCGUCCGUUCUUCAAUGGCCGUCAGCAAUUCGACUACUAAAGGGAGCAAAUUGAAGACUGACAGUGUUCCAGUUGGAUCGAGUGAAGGUUUAGUGCUCUCCUUCGUCCCUCAGUUUUAACAAUAUUAAAGAACAUUUUGGUUAAUUAAAUCCUUGCCAGUUUUUAACAUUUAACCAGUUCAUAGUGGAUAUUACACUUAGAUUGCAAAACGA